CUCUUUCCUGCCCCACUCCUAGACCUUUAUUCUUUUCAGAUAUUCUUUGUCAAGCCGCCAAAGUGGAGAGUGUCGUUGCGCCAGGGGGUCCUUCUCGUUUCAGUGUAGGGGGAGGAGGUGGGGGUGCACCUCAGCACUAUCCCAAGACUGUCGGCAACAGCGAGUUCCUGGGGAAAACCCCAGGUUCUAGCGUUCAGAGAUGGGUACCUUCUCGAAGCACUAGACGAGAUGCCAACUCCUCCAAUGAGAAAGGGCAAAAUGAUGCAAUCUUCAGGAAAGUGAGAGGCAUACUUAAUAAGCUGACUCCUGAGAAGUUUGACAAACUAUGCCUGGAGCUCCUCAAUGUGGGUGUAGAUUCAAAACUUGUCUUAAAAGGAACCAUCUUGUUGAUUGUUGACAAAGCCCUCGAAGAGCCCAAGUACAGCCAGUUAUACGCUCAACUAUGUCUACGCUUGGCUGAGGAUGCACCAAACUUUGAAGAUCCAACAACAGAAAGUCAAGCAACACAAAAGCAGAAUACUACCUUCAGAAGGCUUCUGAUUUCCAAGCUUCAAGAUGAGUUCGAGAACCGGGCUAAAAAUGUCGAACUCUUUGACAAACAUGAUGGCCCACUCACUUCUGAGGAGGAGGAGCAGCGUGCUAUUGCAAAGAUCAAGAUGCUGGGCAACAUCAAAUUCAUCGGCGAACUUGGAAAACUCAACCUUAUCCACGAAUCUAUCCUUCAUAAGUGCAUCAAAACACUUUUGGAGAAGAAGAAGAGAGUCCAACUUAAGGAUAUGGGUGAAGAUUUGGAAUGCCUCUGUCAGAUAAUGAAAACAGUGGGACCUAAACUUGAUCAUGAAAAGGCUAGGUCUUUGAUCGAUCAGUACUUUGGCCGCAUGCGCUCCUUAAUGAACAACAAGGAACUGCCAGCGAGGAUUCGUUUCCUGCUGCAGAACAUGGUGGAGCUACGAGAAAACAACUGGGUGCCUCGUAAGGCUUAUGUUGACAACGGACCAAAGACAAUCAACCAAGUUCGUCAGGAUGCAGUAAAGGAUCUAGGUGUUUUUAUUCCACAUUCAACUGAUGGAAUGAGAAAUGAGUUCUUCAUGGAAAACUCCUCCUUCCUGCCAACAAGGAUCAAGUUUGACAGGGAAACUCUUGGUGGGCUGGCUGAUAUGUUUGGACAAAUGCCUGGAAGCGGCAUUGGUACAGGUCCAGGAGUCAUUCAGGACCACUAUUCCCCUACCAUGGGACGUCAUCGCACAAACCCACUCUUCAAUGGCCAUAUUGGAAAUGGCAACGGUUCACACCAGCCUCAGUUUGAAGCAGGAAACAAGCUUUUCAUAAAACCAAACCAGAAUUCACCGGUUUUCAACCAUAAGCAGAAUCACUCAGGGCAGAUGCAGUCUAAGGAUAUGCCUUCACGAUUCGGCAAGAAAGGGAAACUCAAUGCUGAUGAGAUCAGUCUGAGGCCAGCACAGUCCUUCAUUUUGAAUAAAAAACAAGUGCCAAAGCUGCAGCCACAGAUGACUAUGAUUCCUCCAAGUGCCCAAGGUUCCCCACUAGGACAGCCUCCGCAGCUUGGCUUGAAGACCAAUCCUCCUCCGAUUCAGGAAAAACCUGCAAAGUCCAAUAAAAAAGCUCCUCCUACAAAAGAAGAGUUGCACAAAAUGACAGAGACACUGGUGACAGACUACCUGAACAACAAGAACAUUGACGAGGCAGUGAAUGCUGUGAGGGAGAUGAAGGCUCCCAAGUACUUUUUGUCUGAGAUGCUGAACAAGAUCAUGGUUCAUUCCCUUGACCGUUCAGAUGAGGAUAAAGAACAAGCCAGUACCCUGAUCCAUGCACUCUGCACCGAGGGGCUCGUCACAGGUGAAAACCUAAUGCAGGCCUUUCUGAGUGUUCUGGACCAGUGUCCCAAGAUUGAGGAAGAAGUCCCACUGGUGAAGUCUUACCUGGCACAGUUUGCAGCACAUGCAAUCAUUGCUGACCUGGUCAGCAUUGCAGAUUUGGCCCAUCAGUUGGAGAACGGUGCACAUUUCCCACUUUUCCUGCUCUGCCUGCAGCAGAUGGUCAAACUCAAGGACCGUGAGUGGCUGAGUGACCUGUUCCAACAGAGCAAAGUCAACAUGCAGAAGAUGCUGCCUGAAAUAGACCAGAACAAGGAUAGGAUGCUGGAGAUUCUGGAGGGCAAAGGUCUCAGCUUUUUGUUUCCAUUGAUGAAACUGGAGAAGGAGCUUCUGAAGCAGAUUAAAGUAGAUCCCUCUCCACAGUCAAUCUACAAGUGGAUCAAGGACAACAUCUCUCCUAAACUCCACACUGACAAAGGUUUUGUCAACAUCCUCAUGACCAGCUUCUUGCAGUACAUUGCUUAUGAAAUCAACCCUGAUGACGAUGAAGAGCAGCUUGCAGCGCCCAGUAAGGAACAGCUGGAUGAGGAAAAGCAGCUGUUGCUUUCUUUCAAGCCAGUGAUGCAAAAGUUCUUACACGAUCACAUGGACCUGCAAGUCGGUGCAUUGUAUGCCCUGCAGGUCCACUGCAAUGCCAAGGGUUUCCCCAAAGGCAUGUUACUGCGCUACUUUGUAAACUUUUAUGACAUGGAAAUAAUUGAAGAAGAAGCCUUCCUUUCAUGGAAAGAGGAUAUCACCCAAGAGUAUCCAGGGAAGGGAAAAGCGCUAUUUCAGGUGAACCAGUGGCUGACCUGGCUGGAGACUGCAGAAGAGGAGGAGUCGGAGGAGGAAGAUUACUGAGGAACAGGCCAAAGCCAUGUGUUAUCAGGAUGCAAUGAAUGAUUGUGUUUUUGUUUAUUUCUUUUUACUUUUGUAACUUUUUUUUUUUUUUUUUUUUUUUUU